AUUUGGUUCUAUGGGAAUGUUUGCAAAUGCGAAAAACCAGUUUAGCUGCAGCGGCGCUCGUGUUAAGUUCCAAAAGUUCUAAUUCCAUAAUGUUUUACGCAAAAAUAAAUUGUGUUGCGCUCAGCGAAUGCGCUGGCCUCACAAAAAGCUUUACGGCGAUCAGCAAGCGUUUGCUGGCAACAAAACAGCUAGAGGACCCUGUUUGCCCGGCACAAUCCACCAUUAGCUUGGAACAGCCGACAGAUGCAAGCCUUGAGUGGCAACGAGCACGUCCAUACAGCGAGUUACCACAAGAUAGCGUUUUCAGAUUGUUAACUAAGUUUUUACCCGGUGGCCGUUACAAAAAUUUAGACUCAAAUGCCCUGGAAAUGGCAAUGAAAGAGGACCAUGGGGAUAUUUUUGUAGUGCCCGCUUUUAUGGGUCGACCCAGCACCGUGGUGAUACACAAUCCAGAAGAUUUCGCACGCGUGUUUCGUAAUGAGGGCGUGUCGCCGAUAAGACCGUUUGCGACAUUACGUUAUUAUCGAAGUAAAUUGCAGGCCGAUUUCUUUAAGCAGGUCGAAGGGGUGCUAACAACACAAGGUGAGCGUUGGAGCACAUUCCGCUCGGCCGUCAAUCCAUUACUAAUGCAACCCAAGAAUGUGCAAAUGUACCUCGGCAAAAUGGCGCAAGUGAACCAGGAAUUUGUCGAAAGAAUACGUGCAAUACGCGAUCGUGACACUCAAGAGAUGCCGAACAACUUUGAAGAUUAUCUGCAGUGUUGGCUGUUGGAGUCUCUCUCCAUUGUCACACUGGGGAAACAACUCGGUUUGCUGCGUGAUCACAGUGAAAAUUACGAGGACGCGCUGAAAUUAUUGGCCGCCUUAAACACCAUAUUUACAGUCGGCUUUGACUUGGAGUGGAAACCCUCACUGUGGCGUCGUGUGCGCACACCAAAGUUCAGACGUUUUUUACAGGCGUUAGACGACAUGCAAACGGUCACAUUGAAAUAUGUAGACGAAGCAAUCGCCAAUCUGGAGGCCGAAAAGAAAUUGGGUAUCGUGAGGCCGGAGAAUGAAAUGAGCGCAUUUGAGAGACUACUGAAGAUCGACAAGAAAAUAGCGACAGUGAUGUGCUUAGAUCUAUUCCUAGCAGGCAUUAAUACGACCACCUCAUUCGCGACAGCGAUUUUACUUUGUCUGGCGAAAAAUCCCGAAAAGCAACAAAUUCUACGGAAGGAAUUGAUGCGUGUGUUGCCACAGAAAGACGGCGAUUUCACAGCCGAUGCGUUGAACAACAUAUCCUAUCUGCGCGCCUGCAUCAAAGAAGCCAUACGUAUAUAUCCUCUGACUGUCAGCAUCGUACGCGUGACACAAAGUGAUCUGGUUCUCAGUGGUUAUAGAGUACCCAAAGGCAGUGUGGUGAAUAUGGUAUUCACAUCGUUAUUCACGAAUGAAAACUACUUUGCACGCCCAAAAGAAUAUUUACCCGAACGUUGGCUGCGCUCGGGUGCAAUAGAAGAAGGCGGAGAGCAGAAGUCAGCCGUAGCGAGUACUCAAGGGUUGCGUCCGAGUAAUCCUUUUGUAUAUUUACCGUUCGGUUUUGGUCCGAGGGUUUGUUUAGGCCGCAGAGUAAGUGAGUUGGAAAUAGAAUUGGGUAUUGCCAGAUUGGUUAGAAAUUUCCAAAUUGAGUUUAAUCAUCCAAUCGAUAAGCCAUUUAAAAGUAUGUUUGUUAAUAUGCCAAAUAUACCGUUAAAAUUUAAAUUUUCGGAUAUUGAAUAGAUUCUAUAAACAAUAUUUUGUUAUUUUAUAAAAAAAAUGAUUUAACGUAUAAAAUUUUGUAAAAAGGUGGUUUUAAGAGAUUUUUAUUAGAGACUAAAGCUGAUUUUUUUACCUUAACUGUAAAUGUUGAAGAAAUUUUUACAUACUGCUAUUUGCUUUUA